AUGUCAAAGCCAAAAACAAAGCUCACCAAAAAAUCUCCAAUUACCAACGCAGCUCCUAAAAAUUUAACUCCUGAAAAUGUAACUCCUGAAACUUCAAACAAAAUAAUAGAUAAUCAGCGAAAAGAGACCUCAAAGAAUAGAUGUAAUGAUUCACCAAAAA